UGCGCGCAGCGGUCCCGACGCACAAAAGGUAGUCAAGCAGUUCCCUGUUAUUCUCGACUACUCUCAAAGAAUCCAUCAAGUGCAUUUCGCAGACAAUGGCAGUUGUAAGGAAUGAAGGAUUCACACGUCUAUCGCAGGCGAUGUUGGUGCUCCGUGACGAGGGUUACCUCGAAUUCGAUCGCAUCUUCGCCAAUGGUUUCGAGCGCAACUCCAUCUCGCAACACCUCUGCGGAGAUACCAUCUUGAAUGAUAAGUAUGACUACAAAACCUGCGGCCCACACAGUGCUGGAUAAUCAACAUAGUUUUGAAGGUUCUUCCUCGCCGACUCCAGAUCCCUCCCCUCUCUUUUAUUACUCAUGAACACCAGGAUACUCAAAUAUCUCUCACAUCCAUGGCAUUAUUCUGGCAGGGUAAAUUAGUGAGAAAAGGAAGGGGGAAAAAAUGAAACGAAACAUUCGCGAAUAUAAUUUUCGUAGGGCUGUCGUGCGCCAAUGCACAAUACACCAUUUGUAUCUAUGCUAGGCAUUGAUUCUAUAUAUAUACCUCUCAAAUGAUAGUUCAACAUGGCCCAAGGAAAAAUCUCCGCCAACAUCAGCACUAAAUGGCUAAAAUAAUCAGCUCUCUUGC